AUGUCCGAUUCUCCUACAACCACAACCCCGGUUCCUCGUCGCUCACAGCGAGACAAGAGAUCUGUAAAUUAUUUUGCAGCAGAAGCGAGCACAUCUACCAACAGGAAGCGGAAACGCCAGGGCAGCGAUACCGAGAACGAUGCCGCAGGAGUAACCGACGGGGAAGACGCACAAGAACACGGUCAGGACGACCACGACGAUGCCGAUGACCCUGAUGCCCCGAAAUCAAAAGCCACUAGGAAGGGCAAGGCCAAAGUCUCACCUAAAUCCAAGGGCGCCCCUGCCGCGAAGAAACCGCGCACUAACAAGGGUCAACCCAAGACCAUGGGCCGCAGGGGACGCAAGGCAAAAGAAGGAGAUGACGCGUAUGACGCAGCGCAAGUCGCGAAAGACACUAAAAUCUCUGCGGAUAACCCGCUAUUUAGUGCGCACCACCAUCUUUAUUUUUCGCUGGUCUCUGAUAAUGUGUGGGGUGUAGAUGCUAUUAUGGAUCCCGCAGCCGCACUGCAAUCUACCGCGGAAGACUUUCUCGAAUCGUUGGAACAAUCGCCGGCUGCUGCCCAAGCUGAACUUAUCAACCUCGUCUUACGCGCGUGUGGGUGCAACGAUACGCUAAACGCAGAUGAAGCACUCGAUUACGACGGUGUUGUCGACAGCCUCGACAAUUUCACAGAAUCUCUGAAACAGGACAACUCCCCUGUAUACCCACUAACAUCCAAACUCCCCGUAUUCAAAAAGUUCCGCAAGUCCCUCUCAGAGUUCAUCGAGCGCCUCAUCGCCUCGUCCGCCGAGCUAGGGGCGCUCUACUCGUCCGAUAUGAUGGCUACUCUUCAAGCAUGGGUCAUCGCAAUGUCCUCGUCUCAGAUUCGGAGUUUCAGGCAUACAGCCACGGUGGUGGCGCUUGAAGUGGAGACUGCGCUCUGCGACGUCGCUGCGGCUGUUGAGAAGGAGGCAGAGGUCGUAGGCCGCCAGCGGGAAGGCGAGAAGAAGCGGAAAUCGGGGAAGAAGGGCGGUAACGCGCGCGAUAAGGAACUUGAAGGCAAAGCUCAGGAAAUUAGAGAGCGAAGAACGAAGCUUGCCGAGUUCCUUAAGGAAUUUGUCGAUGGCGUGUUCGUCCAUCGAUACCGAGACCUCGACCCAAACAUCCGAGCGGAAUGCGUUCGUGCCAUCGGGUUGUGGUUCAGGAAAUACCCAGGACACUUCCUUGACGCCUCCUACCUCCGCUAUGUCGGCUGGGUCCUCUCAGACUCCCACACCCUCGUCCGCGUCGAAGCCGUCAAAGCCCUCGCGGGUGUCUACGACCAAGCAGACUACAUCGCGUCCCUAAGCCACUUCACCGAACGCUUCAAGCCGCGUCUCCUCGAGAUGGCCACGAGCGACACGGAACUUUCUGUGCGCGUUGCUGUUAUCCAGGUUCUUGGAUCCCUGGAUAGUCAUUCGCUCCUCGAGGAAGAGGAGCGCGAGAAAUUGUGUUUGUUGGUGUUUGACGAGGAGCACAAGGUCCGGAGGGUUGUUAGCCAGUUUGUGAGAGGGGUUUGGGAGGAGGUGGUGGAGGAACGGUUGGUUGGGCGGGGGAAGCCCAGCGUAGAGGAUACGACGCGUGCGGGCGUCAAGGCUCUUGCUUCGCUCCUUGUAAAGUGGGGCAAGGUGCUUGAUAAACUUGUGGAUGAUGAAGAGGAUGGGUCGGACGGUGGUGGGGAAGGCGUUAACGGCACUUCACGUCGUGGAAAUAGGAGGAAAGAGGUCGUUGCGCUCGUUGGCGCGGAACAGCAGGGUAGGAUCGCGUUGGCCGUUGAGGCACUGUGGGAUGAGGUUGAGCCGAUAAGUGAUUGGGAGGGCCUUUUGGAUUUGCUUCUUUUGGAUCACUCUGCUGUUGGGGGGGAGGGUAAUGAUGAUGAUGGACGGCCUACGCCUAGAGCACGAGCGAAUGGGAAGAAGAGCGGUGAUGAGGUUGUGGUGGAUAGUAUUUGGAGGUUGGAGGAGGUUGAGGAGAGUGUUUUGCUUCAGGUGUUGGUUGCUGCUUUGCGCCGUGCCAAGGCUGAGUCUUCGGGUGCUAAGAAGGGAGAAGAAGAAAAUGUAACAAAUGAUAUAACUCGUGCUUUGAUCAAAGGCCUUCCCCGCCUUUUCAUCAAGCACCAAACCGAUCGAAAUAGGAUUGCAGAGGUUCUACUAAUGCCAACACUCAUGAACUUGGACCUGUAUCUCGAGAUGAGAAUGAUAGCUGCAUACAGCAGCCUCUGGGACGACGUCAUCAAACAAUUCACAUCCCACUCCUCCGUAACCGUCCUCUCGCACGGCAUGGCCUCCAUCCGUCACUUCAUGGACGCAACCAGCCUCUCCAACACCAACAGCACCAAGAUUCUCGAAUUAGAAGACGAAUUAUCUUCUUCGCUACGGGAUACCGUGGCAGGGAGGGAAGAGAUCGAAGUGGCGACGUUUAGUGAGGACGAGGUGUUGGCUUUGACUGCGUUUUGUACACGGCUGACAGUGUUGGCUGGGAUGAGGAAUAUGACGGCGUGGAUUGAGGAAGAUGAGGGUGGGAAGCAGAGUAGUGCGUGGGAUAUUUUGAGUGCGCUUGUUGAGAGGGGGCGGUUGGGGUAUAAGGAAGAGGAAACGAUGAUCGAGCAAGCGCUUCAUGUGUUGACGCUCCAUAUUAUUUGGAAGAGCAAGGGACUUACGGUGGAUAAUGACCCUACUCCAGAAGAAGUCCGGUAUAAAGAGACGCUGGUGGAAGAACGAGACAGUCUACUUGAAAAGCUUGUAGAGUACGCUGUGGGGACGCAGUCCAACACUGUUGAAGGUGUCAAGCGAGCCGCCUUCAAACACCUCCUAGACCUACACGUCCUCUUCUCCGAUGCCCAAUCCCUCGCUGCGGACGGCUCGCCUUUACCUCUUGCUUCUGUGGCCCUUUCGCUGGAUGAUGAGAUCCAGUAUAGGUGUGCUGGGUAUGUUCAAGCUGAGAUUGAACGAUACGCGGAGUUUUUGGAGGGACAAGAGGACGGUGAGGAGGAUGGUGAUGGAUCUGCGGGGAGUAGUGAUGAGGAAGGAGAGAAAGUGGGGAACAAGGAGAAGGAGAAGAAGGUUAAGAAGGUUAAGAAACCGCGGACGGAAGAGAACAAAGGGUUCCAGGCGUUGCUUGAACAAGAAUAUCUCUUCAUUGACGUCAUGUCGACGUUCUUGAGAGCCAUUCGAGCUGGUGCUGUCAAUGUCCAGCAUGGGGCGAUCGUUCUCGCUCAUUAUGGUCGCCUGGGAUUGGCGUUCGAUACGUGUUCUAAAGUCAUUGUUGAGAUUCUCAGAGAAGAAGGGAUGAUGAAAGAUAACGCGGAGAUUGUCAUCACCGUCGUUACCCAGGCAUUACAAGAGGCGUACACCCUCGUGCUGGACGGCGUGGUACACGACGAAUCAAAUGCCCUGCUCUUAGCCAAGCUUCUUUCGAGCUCUUUCGCGAUCCGUGGGAGCCAGCUCUCGAUCGUCCGACGCCUGGACAGCCAGUAUAUCGUCCAGAUUCAUACACAGUUGCUCAACUGGAUUGGAAAAAAGUUGGCUGCUUAUGAGAAUAACAAGAAUAAGAAGGGGCUCAAGAUGGCUGUCAUGUUUUUCAAAGUCAUGGUGCCUUUGUUCUCUAUCAUUCAAAGUCGAGAUGCUCUUAGAAUUAAAGCGCACAUGGACCAGAUACUGGCUCAGGCAAAGGUGGAGGUUUCAUCCUCCUCCAAAGCUUGGGAACCUCAACGCGCUUAUGAAAAACGUUUGUCAGCGAUAAUGUCUAAAGAGAAACGCUCGAAAUCCAAAAAGACAGGCCAAGGUGUGAAAAGCGCCGCUGCCAUCACAAGUGAUGAGGAAGGAAGUGAAGGCGAACACGCCGACGAAGCGUCACCUCCUCGUCCCAAGCCCAAGUCUCGAAGACCAACGCGAGCCAACCCAGAUCCAUCAUCACCACAUCGUGAUGAUGAUAAAGACGAACCUGAACCUGAGCCAGUCACUCCAAAACCAAAACCGAAACCUCGCCCUAUUAGGCCCAUCAACAAACAAAAGUCACAGUCCCCUCAAAAACCCCCUUCGUCAGCUACUCCAAAAACACCAGUGAGGUCUAGGUCACCUACAAUGUCAACUCCUGCUGCUUCAGAUACCGAAGAUAAUGAUAUCCCGAUUCCUGUUGCUGUGACACCCACACCUCAAAGCUCUAGGAAGCGUCCGAGAGCGGACGAUGAGGAAGAACUUGGGAAUAUACCCAACGGCGUCACUACGGGUGAUGAUGCGCCUUCGGAAGAGGAGGAAGGUACUCCGGAGAUACAGGUCCGGAGAAAACGGGUUCGGCAUUAG